CAGACCCGUACCCGCUUUGGCGCACGCAAGGCGAACGGCGACGAAAAUGCCACCAGCAAGCACCUGCGCCAGGGAUCAGGCAUCGUUGGUGCCGGCGCGUCGCGCGCAUCCGCCGUCCUCAGUGGACUCAAGGUUGGGCAACAGCGUCCCGCGCUUAAUGAAGUGACCACAACCGCUGUCAAUCGCAAGGAUGUUGCAGGGAAAACUACUGCCAAAGACGGAUUGAAGGACGCCUCC